AUGAUAAACAACAAGGGAAUCCAAUUCUCCAAGGUGAGGAUGGCGGGUAACAGUGUGAAGGUGUUCACAAACACACCAGCUGACUACCGUCAGCUAGUCGCACUGCUGGACUCCAUGAAGCGGCCCUUCUUCACCUAUCAACUGAAGGAGGACAGGAUGGACCAGAGGGUCAUUCGUGGACUACCCAGGGAGAUGUCAGUCGAUGACAUCAAAGAGGAUCUAGUGAGUAAAGAUAUCGCAAACGCCAAGGUUCAACAGAUGACCUCAAGGACCACCAAGAAGCCACUUCCGCUCUUCCUCGUCAAGACGAAGAUGCCUGAAAAGCUUCUAGAAAUCCAGAGGCUGGCCAUGCUCACGGUCAGCUUCGAGAGAAAGAAGAGAUCCACCGAGCCCAGCCAAUGCUACCGCUGCCAGCGGUACGGACACACGCAGCGAAACUGCCGUCUCGCUGAACGGUGCUUAAAGUGUGAUUAUGUCUAUGGUCUGUUCACGAACAAACAGGAUUUUGGCGGUUUUUAGCCAAAAUGAUGAAUCGAAUAAUGUUUAUUCUGAGGAAGAAAUCGGGUCUAUGCCAAUAUCCAUUACUUCAAGUGACAAUACUUUUGAUCUAGAUAAUUCCGAAAAUAUUUUAAAAAUUACUUUAUUAAAUGAAGACGUAAUCGAACUGGAUCAAUCAA